ACAAUUCUUCCAUUUGAGUACAAAACCUACAAAUAAAGAUAAAAUCAUAUAAAUAGGAUAUUCGUACUUAAAAUAUAUUGCAAAAAUCAUAAAUUAGGGAUAUAAUAAAUAGGUAUAAUAUAAGCAUAUCAGUAGCCCAUUGAUUUCUUCAUUUUCUCCUGAAUCGGAUCAAGAAAUUUGACAGAUGGCACCCAUCCGUUGUGGUGUGAAUGACUUCUUCUUCUCUGACUGCGAUUGGUUCCCUUAUUGAAAAUUCAGUUUUCUGGUUAAGGACUGCUGCCUUACCGGAGAACACUGUAGGUUAUUGAUCAAAUGCUACUUCCUCUUUGUUUUUGAUUUUUUUAGUGGCUGGAUUAUCGUCUGCCGGUUUCGGUUGUCUGGAGUCGUUCAUCUCCGUAUCCAUCUCUGCUUCUCAACUAACGCUGUAGUUUCCAGUUUAAAUAAUUAGAAAAUACUUUAAGGACUAAAAAUAUCAUGCGCUCCAUGUAAAAGGCCCAGUACGUUAAUAAAAAGAAAGCCCAGUACUACUUUAAUAAAAUGAGCCCAAGAGCCCUUUCUAGUCUUCUUCUUCCCCAAUCCCCCGCCGCUGCAACUGUGAGCGAAUAUCGUGAGCAGCAGGAAAUGACUCCUUCUGCGACUGACUCCAGCUUAACCUAAGUCUCCGUUGCUUUCUUCUUCAUCUCUGUUCUUCUACCCUUCUCCUUUUAUUUUUUUUUUUUGCAUUCCAAUCCGUCCAAUUUAGUCAAGGGAUCUGGAAUUUGUUGGAGUCCGGUACGUAUUCCGUGUCGGUAUCCGUGUCGGUAUCCGUGUCCGACAGUGUCUUUGUCGGAUAUAAGCCACAAAGUGGGUGAGUCCAGGUAGUUUAGGAACUUUAGAUUGUUUUUGGUGGCUGCUUUUCCAGUCUUUCUAUAUAACGUUCAAUUUUUCCCCCUUUUGGUGUGUGUGUGUUUGUGUUUUUUAUUUUUAUUUUUUAUUUUUUUUAACCUAUUUAGAAGAAGCUGAAUUAGCUGAUUAUAUGUGUUGUAGUGGUCUAUUGUUCUUCUGCUGUAAACUAAUUUCUUUUUUCUCUUGCUCAAUCACGUCUGCUGAAGUUUUUAGGCAUGCUAUUUACUGUUAUGGUAUCUAACUGGGAAAUUGUUGAAACAGAUCUAUUUCUUUGGACUUGAGCCUGUGACUUUGAAUAUCUCCUAUGAUGAGUAAACACAAGCCACUGGUUUUCUUGGACGUGUCUAUUGAUGGGGAUCCUUUUGAGAGAAUGAUUUUCGAGGUACUGUUAUUUGUUCUGCUUUUAAGUCCUGUAUAGACAACCUUUUUAGUGCUCCUUAACAUUGUUGGACGUUUUGUGUGUUCAGUUUCUUCCAAAUCAUGCUUGGUUUGCUUUCGUUCUCUUUCUCUUUUUCUCGGUAAUCAAUGGGACAAAAUGGAGCUGAUUAGUUUUGUGUGGUUGCAGCUUUUUGAUGAUGUUGCUCCAAAAACUGCCGAGAAUUUCCGCGCUCUUUGUACAGGUUGGUUUUGGUAUUUUUACCUCAGCUGCUUUGUAGUAUCCAUCAAUGGGGUUGGAUACCUCUCAUAAGCCCCAUUCUGAGAUUUAGUUGGGGUCUUGAUCUUUCUCUUUUCAAUAGUUAAGGAAUCAGACUUUUCCCCUAGUGUUUUUGAUUGUCUUCAUUUGCUCCCUUCCAAGAAUAACAAUUAGAGAAAAUUGAGCAACAGAUUGGUCCAACUCAAUUUAUUGACCUGAAGAAUAACUGCAAUUAUGGCUUUGUCUUGUGUCAGUUGUGGGUGAUUUUGUUGACAGAAUUUGCUCUACUGUUGUUUGUAACUGUGCCUGCUCUGCACUAGUGUCAUACUACAGAAACUAGUCUUUAGGCCUACCCUGCAAUCGUACCCCUGAUUCAUAGUUUGGCCUUUAAAUUCCGUUCCAUUAGAAUUUUUUUUUUUUCUUGAGCUCUAAGAUCCUUUGCUUCAUAUAUUGUUGACAGGCGAAGUGGUAUUUAACUCAGCAGAAUAUUAGCUUAAAGAAAACAUUUGUCAAUUUUGUAACUUCUGUGGAAUCUACUAGUAGAUCAUGCUACUUGAGUCUUAUGUAUCUGACUGAGGUUCUUACUAAUAUGUUCAGGCGAGAAAGGAGAAAGUUCAAGAACUGGAAGACCUCUUCACUAUAAAGGAACCUUUUUCCAUCGCAUUAUCAAAGGAUCCAUGGCUAAGGUAUGUCUAUGAUUUGGGCCUUGGUUGAGCUCUUCUUUACUGAGUUGAAAAGUUUCUCAUGCUGUAUUAGAUAGCUAGAUCUAUGGUUGAGAAAAGAUUAGAGAUGUUCUCUCUUUUAGCCAUCUGUGUUUAUUAUGUAGGAUACAGGGCUGAUGGUCUCGACUCCUUUUCUUGUGAUGUAGUUUUGAGGUUGUUCUUAGAUGUCUACCUUUAAACUUUCUGAACUUUUAGCAUCUGUAUCCUACAUUUUCACUCAUUUUGUCUUCUGAAAAGAUAUUUAUAGCUUCUACAUUUCCUUUUGCAGGGGGGUGACUUGCUGAGGAAAGAUGGUAAUUUUGGGGAAAGCAUAUACGGUGAUAAGUUCCCAGAUGAGUCUCCAAAGCUAAAGCAUGAUGGGCCAGGCCUGCUGUCAAUGGCAAUUGCUGAUCGAGAUGAACGUGGUUCCCUCUUCAUUAUCACAUUGAAAGCUGAUCAUCAUCUUGACAGGAAAUGUGUCGUGUUUGGGAAGCUUGUGCAAGGAAAUGAGGUUUUGAAAAAGAUUGAAGAUGUGGGAGAUGAAGAUGGUAGACCAACUGUUACUGUAAAGAUAAUAAAUUGUGGUGAACUACGUGGGGAUAAAAGGAAAUUGCAUAAAUUGAAGUCGGGGAAGGAUGCUUCCCCUGAGGUGAACAAUCAUGAAAUUCGACGCAAAGGAAAGCACAAAAAAUCUUCUAGAAGGAAAAAGAGGAGGCAUUACUCGUCUGAUUCAGACAGCUCCUCUGAGGAUGAUACUGAAUCUUCUGAAUCGGAUAGUGAAUCUGACUCUUACGAAUCUUCAUCAACAUACAGUAGCUCUUCAAGCGAGGAUAGACGCCGCAAGAGGAAGAGAUCCAAGAGAGAUAAAUAUAGGCGUGCGAAGAAAGAUAAGCGCCGUGAAAAAAGGCGCAAGAGACGUGAUAAAAAAUCUAAGCGCAAGUCACGCAGAGCAUCUGAUAGUACUUCGGAAAGUGAGAGUGCAAGUGAAGGUGGCUCAAGAGCUAAUAAUCCUGAGGCUCAAGGAUUAGAUAGGAAGCAGAAGAAUCUUGAAAGAAAUCAAUCUCCUAUUCUUGAGGAGGGUGGAAAUAGUUCAGUUCGCGAAAAGAAGAGAGAGUCAGUUGAUAUGUUUGAAAGAGAGGAAGGUGAGUUCCCUGUAGAGAAUGGAGAACCACGGAGCAAUGGAAUUGGAGUGGACAAUCGCUCUCAAAGGAGUGCCGACAAACAACCUGAUGUUGUAGAUGACCACCCUGACAAAUCUAGGAGCCGAAGCAUGAGUCCUAGAAGAAGUAUGAGCAAGAGCAUGAGUAUUAGUCCAAGGAGGGGUUCAAGUAGGAGCAGGAGCAGGAGUUUUAGUCCAAAACGUAAAGUUGGUAGGAGUCCAAGUGUCAGCCGCACCCCUCCUCGAGUUUCACAAAGGGGAAGGAGUAUCACCCCUGUCAGGAGUGCAAGCAGCCAGAGUCCAGUUAGGAGUGACAGCAGGAGUCCGGUGAGAGGCAGAAAAGGAAGAAGUGUCAGUGCAAGUCCUACAAGGGACCAAAAUCGCGGAAGCAGUAGCCGGAGUCCCUCUGCAUCACCGCCGAGGAGGCCUAGUCGAAGCCCACCUAGGACAUCAUCUAGGAGGCCAUCAUGGAAGUCAGAUAGUAGAAGUCCAACCAGGUCAUCUCGAAGGAGUUUAAGCAGAAGCCCUGUUCGGCCGAGGAGUGUCAGUAGAAGUCCUGUACGUGUAUCUCGGAGGAGUGUCAGCAGAAGCUCUGGCAAGGCUCCUUCUAGGAGAAGCCCUAGCCUUAGUCCUGUUAGAGCUCCUAGCAGAAAUAAUCGCCGUAGCUAUUCAAGGAGUCCUAGGAGAAGAUCACCUAUUUCUAUUCGUGGGCGAAGCUCAUCAAGAAGUCCUUCGGUCGAUGGAUCCUCUAAGCGCACAAGGAAGGGAAGGGGCUUCAGUGAUCGUUACUCUUAUGUACGUCGAUAUAGGAGCCGUUCUCCAGAUAGGUCGCCUGUACGGUCAUUCCGUUAUGGUGGUAGAAGUGAUCGAGAUAGAUAUCCCAGCUACAGAAGAUCCCCUAGGCGUUACAGGAGUCCACCAAGAAGAACUCCUCCCAGAUUUAGAGCCAGGAGAAGCAGGAGCAACAGUCGUAGUAUAUCUCGGAGUCCAAUACGUUACCGUCGUCGUUACAGCCGCAGCCCUGUUCGCAGCCGUUCACCGGUGGAGAGGUACCGUGGAUCACCACGCAUUGAGAGGCGGCAUACACCUUCUCGUAGUAGAAGCCGAUCAGCAUCACGUUCCUCUCUUGCCUCACAAUCCCCUAAGCGGGUUAGCAAAGAAAAGUCAAGUUCCCCUUCCCGGAGCCCUCCAGGGAAGCCGGGCCUGGUUUCCUAUGAUGAUGGCACUCCUGACUCAGGACGGGAUUAA